AGCAUAUCUAUCAGAAGUUAAGCAGGGAGAUAUCGUCUGAGCCAUUAGAGCAACGCAGAAUGCCUCACGUCACCGAAUUUAUUUACUUCCAGCCCAAGAGCUCCGUGGAGCCUGAGAACCCCUCAAGCGACCAGGGCGCCGCCCUUCUCCAGCUCUUCAAAGCAACAACACAACAAAGCGGACACCUUGGUUCUGCAUGGGGUCGUACGAAGGAGGAUAAGAACGUUAUCGUUUGGGCGAUCGACUGGUCGGACGCCCACAGUGGGAUUCAACAAACGAACUCCCCGCUCGAUCCCUAUAUUGAGGAAAACACCCAAAUAACAACCCUCUUCACAACUCUCACACCCACCGACUCCGACGACACCCCAGCAACAUCCACGCUUGUCUCAAACCCCGUGACCGAGCUCGCGCCUCUGGCCUUCCCAACUUCGCUCUCGUCAGCCGACCGCUCAUCUCUCGUCGCUCACCUCACCACAUUCCGCAAGACCCUUUCAGAAGACGCGGAGGAGAAGGUGCGCCCCAAAUCGUUUCUGCUUGGGCAGGUUGAGAGGCCGGGAGAGUUUGCGCAUGGGAAGAGUGAGUCCGGUCAGGCGUUUGUUCAUUUCCUGGUUCUUGGCUGGGAGAGUUAUGAGCAGCAUCAGCAGGCGAGGGACACGGAGGGGUUCAAGAGUACGAUUACGCCCAUCCGGGAGAAGAUGGUUUCGCCGUUAGAUCGAUUGGGAAUGAAGCACGUUAAGUUCCAGAAGGUGUAGAUGGGCUGUACUGGAGUUGCUAAUGGCAAGGAUGGAGCCGAGAAUCUGAUGGCAUCGGCAUACAAGUAUAUAUGCUAUUGGAAUAGAGGACAUUAUAUUUAUCGUCUUAAUUAU